UGAAACCUCUACAAAGAGUGGCCUCCUCCCGCAUUCCUCUCUAAGCCUCUCAUUCUCUCACGCUCGCCUCGCCCCGUCCCCUCGCGUCUGCUCCGCCAUACAAAGCCUAACCCGCCCAUCUCCUCUUUACUAAAAACCCAGAGAACUUCAGACUCCCCAUGUUGAAACUCGUCGGUGGCGGUGCCGGGCAGGACUGGGCAUGCUCAGUGGCGGGGACAGGUCUGCGAGGCGAGGAAGCGGCAUCUGAAGUCUCACCGCUGGGGGAUCUGGGGGCGGCGGGCGGCGGGGGCCCGGGUUGGGGGUGCGCGGCGGUGCGCUAUCCGGCGCCCGGAACGAGCAUGCUGCGCGUGGGCCCGGCGGAGCCGCCGCUCGGGGGGCAGGGAGCCGCCGAGGUGGGGGAGUCGGAGGCUGGAGGAGGGGAGGAGCGCCCGGCACUUCAUCCCCCGGAGCCGGUUCUGCGGCUGCUGAAUCGGAAGCCGCAGAGAAGAUCUGAGGAAAUAAAGACGCCCGAGAAUGACCUCCAGCGAGGCCGUCUGAAUCGGGGCCCGCCAGCCCCCGGCAUGGGUGAUCGCGGCGGGCACCCGGAGCGCGCAGCCCCGCGCUCCUUGGGGGCCUCCGGGGACCCCGGCGCCGCCGCCGCAGCCGUGAACGGGCUGCUGCACAACGGCUUCCAUCCGCCGCCAGCCCAGCCGCCGCUCGCCUGCAGCCGGGGCCCCGUAGGAGGCGGCGAUGCGGCGCCCCCACGCCUUCAGCUCCCGCCUGAGCUCCAGCAGCAGCCACCGCUCCCUCAGCACGAUUCGCCGGCCAAGAAAUGCCGGUUGCGGAGGAGGAUAGACUCUGGAAGGAAAAACAGGCCGCCAUUCCCAUGGUUUGGCAUGGAUAUCGGUGGAACUCUGGUUAAAUUGGUCUACUUUGAACCAAAGGAUAUCACGGCUGAAGAGGAGCAAGAGGAAGUGGAAAACCUAAAGAGCAUCCGGAAGUAUUUGACUUCUAAUACUGCUUAUGGCAAAACUGGAAUCCGAGACGUCCACCUGGAACUGAAAAACCUGACCAUGUGUGGACGCAAAGGGAACCUGCACUUCAUCCGCUUUCCCAGCUGUGCCAUGCACAGGUUCAUCCAGAUGGGCAGUGAGAAGAACUUCUCCAGCCUCCACACCACCCUCUGUGCCACAGGAGGUGGGGCUUUCAAGUUUGAAGAGGACUUUAGAACGAUUGCUGACCUGCAGCUGCACAAACUGGAUGAACUGGACUGUCUCAUUCAGGGUCUGCUAUACGUCGACUCCGUUGGCUUCAAUGGCAAGCCAGAAUGUUACUAUUUUGAAAAUCCCACAAACCCUGAAUUGUGUCAAAAAAAGCCGUACUGCCUUGAUAACCCAUACCCUAUGUUGCUGGUUAACAUGGGCUCGGGUGUCAGCAUUCUAGCAGUGUACUCCAAGGACAACUAUAAAAGAGUUACAGGGACCAGUCUUGGAGGUGGAACAUUCCUAGGCCUAUGUUGCUUGCUGACUGGUUGUGAGACCUUUGAAGAAGCCCUGGAAAUGGCAGCUAAAGGCGACAGCACCAAUGUUGAUAAGCUGGUGAAGGACAUUUACGGAGGAGACUAUGAACGAUUUGGCCUGCAAGGAUCUGCUGUAGCAUCCAGCUUUGGCAACAUGAUGAGUAAAGAAAAGCGUGAUUCCAUCAGCAAAGAAGACCUCGCCCGGGCCACAUUGGUCACCAUCACCAACAACAUUGGCUCCAUUGCUCGGAUGUGUGCAUUGAAUGAGAAUAUUGACAGAGUUGUGUUUGUUGGCAAUUUUCUCAGAAUCAAUAUGGUCUCCAUGAAGCUGCUUGCGUAUGCCAUGGAUUUUUGGUCCAAAGGACAACUAAAAGCUCUAUUUUUAGAACAUGAGGGCUAUUUUGGAGCUGUGGGAGCACUGUUGGAACUGUUCAAAAUGACUGAUGAGCAGUAGAGACGCGUGGGCGAAGGACCAGCCCUUGUGAGACGUAGAACUGGAGCCUGCUGCUGCAGAAGGCGAAGCGUCGCUGUGGGAUGGAAGCUAAGCCAUCAGGACAGAUGAAUCUGCUGUGUAAAUAACUUGAAAUUCUUCCAGUUGAUCUUUUACUCUUAGGUUUUGAGUUUAUGAUUCAAAAUGGGGACUCUAAGAGUUUUUCCUGUGCACUGUAUUUAAAAAAAAAUUUGUGCAUUGUGGCCAAACACACCAAUUUUAUGCAUUAUCUCUGGAAAGUUCUGUAAUGUUUAAGGAGGACCUGAAAUAGCGCUGUUCAUUUUUCUUCUGGGGUUUACUGAUCAGUGUGAUAAUUUUAACUUCAUUUAGUAAUUCCUCUAGGAGAUUUUACCUUUACUUAUAUUUUUCAUGACGUUUCAUGAUUGCUGUUGGUUUCAAAUGAAACUGCAAAUCUGGCAUGUUUUACUGUGAACACUAGUUUUUGUAUGUUCUUGCCUUUUUGGGGUCUUGUUUUUCUGUCUGAAUGUCUUGAAAAAAGGGAGUCUUUAUCUCUGUUUGUGUCUUCAGAUAAUCUCCCUCCCACACACAACCUUUCUUUAAUGUUCAUUUCAAUCAAGGUGCUGACCAAGUCAGUUGUAAGUGAAAUGCAAGAGCUAAACUUCUCAAAAGUGUCCAUGACCAGAAGACUCUAAAAGUGCUAAUAAAUUUAACAAGUCCUGCAAAAGCCAAAAAGUAUAUGCAAUUUUGUCUCAUUCCUUGUGGUGUUCUCUUGGGUUCGUUCAUGUUAGGCUAUAUUAAAUUGAAAUAUUCUGUUGGAAUGUCCUCAUUUUUUGCAUAUCAUAUAAAUGGCAGUAAAUCUUCGUGCAAGAAAUUUGGAAUUUGUCUGGGAAAGUCUUCUGUUAAGAUUAACUGUUCCUAUCAGGAAAUGUAGGGAAAGUCAUGGAUUGAAGUGUCAGGUAAUAUUAGCUAUUUCUUUUGUACAUGUAUGUACCCAGGAGCUUUGUAACAAGAUGUGUUAAAUAAUAAUGUUUAAAGUUUUUUUUCCUUUUUACUAUUUUAAACUGAAAACUGUGCUUUAAUCCCAGUUUCUAAAAUUAAAGAAUAAUUUAUGAUGCUGA